CACGCAGCGCCAAAACUUGGCGCCAAAGGCGAGUGUUUCUGUGCGCCUGCAAGAACGACCACAAAAGUUCAUGAUAAUAUUUAAUAUGGACAUCCGCAGGUUCUUUGCGCCCACAAAGGUCACCAAAGCCACAACAGGCAGCAGCGGCACUGACGAGGAGCUGAAAAAUAAAAAGAAAGCGUCUUCCAAGGUCAUAAGCCCUAAAAAUGAUGAGAAGCGACCAGCAAAACGGAAGAAGAGAGUAAUUGCUGAUUCAGACUCUGAUGAGGAAGAGGAGAAAAAAGAAAAGAAAGGAAAGAAAAUCCCAAGAGAGAAGACCGCUACAUCUGGAAAGAAGGACCCCAUCACUUAUGUUUCUGAUUCAGAUUCGGAUGAAGCAUUUAUGUCAUUGAAGAAGUGCUCCAGACCUAAAGAGAAUGGGAGUGGCCAUAGUAAGAAACAGUCUGACUCGAAGGAGGUGAAAACGGCUCCUCUUAAAUCACCAGUAAAGCCGUCUGCAGCUGGGACCAAAGCAGAGGUGAAGAAUGUGCGUAGUCCAACCCCACCGAAACCAGCUGCAUCCCAACCCAAGCACACUGCCACCUCAGCCGCCGACUUUUUUGGCAGCUCCACCAUCCAUAGAUCGGGGAAGAAGUUGGUGGCCAGUGCCAGCACCAAGAGGAAAGCACCUACAGAAGACCCUGAGGAAUCAUGCAGUGAUGAAGCCAUUACAAAACAAUUACAAAUGGACGAGGACAUGGAGUUGGAGAAACAGAUCCAUGAAGAUGAGGAGUUUGCGAGAACAUUGGCCAUGUUGGAAGAGGCCCCUUUGGCUAAAAAGGCUCGUGUGGAUACAGUGUCGCCCUCAAAAAACAGCUCACAAGGAAAUGCUGCAGGCCCCAAGGCUGCCUCCAAGGGCCCCUCGCCAAAAAAGAGCCCCUUGAAGACCAGCUCUAAGCUGGCUCUGAUGAAGAGGAGAGCUGACGAAGCGGGGGAGCAGAAGAACGAGAGGGAUGAGAAAAAAAGCAAGAUGGUCAUCUCACCAAAGAAAGAGUCAGUUACGCCUACCACCUCAGAGAUGGCAGCCACACCAAAAACAGGAAGCAUUUCUAAAGGAACGUCCAAAUCAAGACGCUUUUCUACUCCUAAGAGCGGCGGCGGCAGCAAUAAGACCUCUCCAACAAAACCAGAGAUUAGUCCUGAAGGCUCAGAGAAGAAGCGAGUGAAUUCAGCAGCAUUCCGAAACUACUUGAACAGAGAGGGUCCUCGUGCCCUGGGUUCUAAAGAGAUACCACAAGGAGCCGAGAACUGUUUGGAAGGCUGUGUGUUUGUGCUGACGGGAGUUUUGGAGUCCAUGGAGCGAGAAGAUGCGAAGUCAUUAAUAGAGCGCUAUGGUGGGAAAGUCACUGGAAACGUCAGUCGCAAAACCACAUACCUGGUGUUGGGCCGAGACUGUGGAGCCUCCAAGACUGAGAAGGCUCAAAGUUUUGGCACUAAGAUCAUAAGUGAGGAUGAACUGCUGGAACUGAUCCGAACCAAACCUGGCAAGAAGUCUAAAUAUGAGGUUGCGUCAGAGGCUGAGAGUAAACCUACUAAAUCCAAGACUCCCCAAAAACCAAGAAUGACCAACAGAAGCCCUGGCAAGAGCAGUCCUUCUCCAGGAAAGGUUUGGCCUGCUUCUGCCUCCACAUCUGGAACUUCUGGAGCUUCCCGUCGAUACUCUGUGUCUGAAGUGAAGAAAAGUCUGGAGUUUGGUAAUGCCACACCUGCUACGUCACAACCUGCUGCAGAGGACGAUGGAACAAGCUUGCUGUGGGUAGACAAGUACCGUCCCCGAAGUCUAAAGAAUCUGAUUGGGCAACAGGGAGAGCAGAGCUGUGCCAACAAGCUGCUGAGAUGGCUGCAGAACUGGCACAAACGUCAAAGUGGGAACACAAAAUCAGCAGCUGCAAGAUUUGGUAAGUUUGGGGGUAAGGAUGAUGGUUCUGGCUUUAAGGCUGCUCUGUUGUCUGGACCUCCUGGUGUUGGGAAGACCACUACUGCUGCCCUUGUGUGUGAGGAGCUUGGUUACAGUUACGUGGAGAUGAAUGCCAGCUGCACCCGCAGCAAGAAUAGUCUGAAGGAAGUGAUUGCAGAGUCCCUCAAUAACACAAGCAUUAAGAACUUCUACACAGGUACAUCUCAGACAGUCAGUGAUAAACAUGUUCUUAUAAUGGAUGAGGUGGAUGGCAUGGCAGGAAACGAGGACAGAGGAGGAAUACAGGAGAUGAUUGGUCUGAUAAAGCAAUCGAAGAUCCCCAUCAUCUGCAUGUGUAACGACCGCAACCAUCCAAAGAUCCGCUCGCUUGCUAACUAUUGCUUUGACCUGCGCUUUCAGCGCCCCCGCGUGGAACAGAUAAAGGGUGCCAUGAUGUCCAUUGCUUUUAAAGAAGGUUUAAAGAUCCCGCCUCCAGCACUCAAUGAAAUCAUAUUGGCAUCAAAUCAGGAUGUUCGACAGGUUCUUCAUAAUUUGUGUAUGUGGUCAGCCACAGACAAAGUCAUGACCUACGACCAGGCAAAAGCAGAUGCUAAUAAAGCCAAGAAAGACAUGAAAAUGGGUCCGUUUGACGUGUGCAGGAAAGUGUUUGCUUCAGGAGAAGAAACUGCCCACAUGACUUUGAUCGACAAGUUAGAUCUUUUCUUCCAUGACUACUCACUAGCACCACUCUUUGUCCAAGAGAACUAUAUACAUGUACGGCCAGCUGCGGCAGGGGGAAAUCUGAAGAAUCAUUUGGUAUUACUGAGUAAAACAGCAGACAGCAUAAGUGAUGGAGACUUGGUGGACAGACAGAUCCGCUCUCGACAGUCAUGGUCUUUACUGCCUACACAGGCGAUCUAUGCCAGUGUGCUGCCAGGUGAGUUGAUGCGGGGUUACAUGAGUCAGUUUCCUACAUUUCCCAGCUGGCUAGGGAAGUUCUCAUCCACAGGCAAACACAGCCGCAUCGUACAAGAGCUUGCAUCACACAUGAGUCUGAAGACGUUGAGUAGUAAGGAGGCAGUGAAUCUGGACUACUUACCCUACCUCCGCUCUGCACUGUUGGUGCCUCUGCAGUCACAUGGUUCAGAGGGGGCCAAUCAGAGUGUGAAGCUUAUGGACAACUAUGACAUCAUCAAAGAGGACUUUGACAGUAUAAUGGAGAUCAGUAGCUGGGGUGGACAGCCUGACCCUUACUCCAAACUUGACUCUAAGGUGAAAGCAGCUUUCACACGUGCUUAUAACAAGGAAUCCCACUUGACCCCAUACUCGCUGCAGACAGUAAAGAAAGUUCGCAGAGGAGCCACAGAUGCUGACCUGGGAUUAGACCCAGAGAAUGACCUCCAAGGUCAAGAAGAUGAAGAGGAGGAGGAAGGUGUUACUGCUGAUGCCAUGAUCAAGCAAAAGAAAGCUAAAGCUAUGAAAGAGGCCAAACAGGAGAGAGCGGGGGAUCCUGGAAAGGGCAAGGGCAAAGGAAAGGGCAAGAAGUGAAAUGGAGACUAAACUGAGAACAGACAGACGGACUGAAGGCGUUUCCUACGAGUGCCCACUCAUUGAGCAACCUUGCUGACUGAAAGCUGGAACGGUAAAUCAAGAUAACAGUCAAAAAAUAAGACUUGGCCUCCUUCAGUCUGCCCAAAGGUCAGUAUUACCAAGGAAUAAGGGCUGAGAGGGGUAGGCAUUCGCAGCAUUUUGUAACGGAAAACAAGAGGGUGCUCAAUUCCUCUUCUUACACAGAGCUCUUGCACUGGAUAACGCUCAGGAACAAGGACAGCAGAAACGACUGAGACCACAAACACAUGCUCGUAUUUACCAAAUGAAAGUUAUUUUGUAUCUCUAAGCAAAAGAAAAUUUCUCCCUUUUUAGUUUUUUCACCUGAACACCUUGGAAACGUUAUAAGGUUACAUAUGCACUUUCCACAACUCGCAUACUUGUGUGUUUCCUUAAGUCAGUACAUACACAAAUGCAAUCUAACUCUGAACCGCUUCUCGAUUAAGCUGUAAAUAUGUGCAGUUGAAGUUGGUCUUAUUUGCUACUUGGUACAUUUGUAGUCUGUGGAGGAAAAAAAAUUGCUUUGGCUUUUGAAUUAAGGCACUAUUGAAUACACUGACAGUGCGACUUAGUGGCCUGUAGCACAUACUGUACAUGACUUGUGAUUUUCACCAAGCAAUUAAAGAGUGUAAUCUAAUCUAGUGA